GACGUGGGGCAGUUAAACCCGACUCCAAACGUCGUAGUUGAAAAAUCGUUGUCAAACAAACGAAGACUUGGAUCGGGUGUCACCGACUCGCUACUCGCUAGCACCAAGAGAGGCAAAAAAUGGGUUGUCCUCGACCGCCGAACUCGGGAAACUGACUGGGUUAGUGAGUUGAGAUUCUCUCGAAUCUCGAUCGCAGACUCGCUAGAAAGCAAAGUUGCAGGGCGUCUCUUACUCGAUUCAUCGAGGAUGUCUUAGUGCUUAUUCACAGCAUUAGAAUGAGAAUAAAUGGGCUUAUCCAAAGGGCAAAGGUGGUGCUAACCACCCAAUCCUGCACCAUAGCAUCAUCGGCAGCUCAAACUCAAAUAUUCUCUUGCUCCCCCUCCUCCUCUCGUUCCUUUAUCCUGCGCCCACCUUCCGACGCUCGCAGCAUCUUCGUCUCAAUGACCAAAGACUCUGAACUCGAUGCCAUAAGUCAGCAAAAGCGAAAACUCCGAUUCGAAAUACGCAAGCUUCUCAAGGGCAUGAAUCCUGCUCAGAGAUCCCAAGAAGAUAUUGCAAUUCAGAACAUUAUUUUGGAAUCUCUGUGGUUCAAGUCUAGUGAAAGGUUAUGUGCUUAUAUAAAUUGUGAUGCCUUACGGGAAGUUGAUACAUCAAAAAUUUUGUCAAGUGUUUUAUGUAAUCCGGCUGAAGAUGGCAAGGUACAGACAAGGAAAAAGCUUUAUGUUCCACGGGUGGAGGAUAGGAGUAGUCAUAUGCGAAUGCUCAAUAUUUCAAGUCUUAAUGAUCUAAUUCCAAACUCAAUGAACAUUUUGGAACCAGCUGCAGACAAUGGGAUUGGAAAUCAACUUAUGCAGGCAAGCAAUCCAGUUGAUUUGUUUCUUCUACCUGGCUAUGCAUUUGAUAGAUCUGGAAGACGGUUGGGACGUGGUGGAGGCUACUAUGACAUGUUCUUGAAGAGAUACCAAGGACUUGCUGCUGAGCGGAAGUGGAAGCAAUCGCUCCUAGUUGCACUGUCAUAUUCUCUACAGAUCAUGGAUGAGGGAGUCAUCCCUGUCGCAGCCAAUGAUAUUCCUGUGGAUGCCCUUGUCUCACCAGAUGGUGUGAUUCCCAUAUCUCCAGUAGCUUUGGAGAGGAUGUGAUUAAUGAUUCAUCAAUCAAUUUCCUGUCAUUUUAUUUUUUUCACCUCCCGAGUUCUUUGAGAGUUGGAAAUUUGUAUCUAAACAUGCUUAACUAAGUAGUUGCUUCAAUCCUCACAAGUGAAUGGGUGCUCUUAUUCUGUGCUAAAUUUUCUGAUUUCUUUUUAAGAAAUGUUGUUUAUUUGUGGUUCUAGUGGAAGGAAAUAUGAGUCUAAAAUGUAAAUUGUGCUAUGAAUGCAACGUUUUUCUUUAAAUACUACACUGACUGUGUCCAAUAUUCUCAAUUAUGGAAAUAACACGGAUGAAUUUGUGCUUAUUUUU